AUGUCGGAUUUCACAUCCUUGCUUCCAAAAGUACCCAUGUUAUUCUUGUCCACCAUUAAUUAUUAUCGUUACGGACCACCACAACCAUCAUGGGACUUAAAAUUUUAUUUGAUGUUCAACAUUACAAAAGAUAUGUCUGGUAAACCUUUCGAAUAUAUUCAAAAAAUGUUUAUGGUCAAUAGGGCUGUUGAUGAUGGUGUACAUGUAGAUGAGCUGUCAUUGUCAAAUUCACUUCGUAAAAAAUCGGAAGUUUACAUUGAUGAGAUUUUGAAAGAUUAUAAUCACGUGCUUCUUGAUGAUUGGAGAAGUGUUAAUCUUGGAGAUGGGUUAGAAUGUGAAUGGCAACAAGAAAAAAUAUGA